AUGGAUCACAGUAAUGAAAGGAAGGGCAAGGCUAAGGCAUCCCUUACAGCUGAAGGCAAGAAGCUUAUUUCUCAUGCACUUGAGGAAGCGGAGCCAGCAAAAGGGACUCAGAAUGGGGGCUGGAGGAUCAAAGUGACAAACAAGUUUAUUGCUCGGAAGAGAAAAUACCUCUUGCCUAGUGCAGCAUAUGGUCAACAAGAACCAUGGCAGCUGUUGGGCUGGGUGGCCUGUCACUGUGAAAUAGCUGGAGAAAUGCCAAAGGUCUCAAAUGUCUCGAAGGCUGUCAAGUUUUUGCUUUUUCAUGUUGUUGCAGCAUCUGAGAAUGCAGCAAGCCUUGAAGCAACCCGAAUUGGGACGCCACUAUAUGGAUUAUUUCAAUAUAAUCCCAAUAUGAUUGGACUCGCAUCAUUAGCUGAUCCUUCAGAUACCUGGGAGAUUAUAGAGACCAUUGGAAAAGGCACUUAUGGUAAAGUCUAUAAGGUUGCCAAUAAGAAAGACGGGAGUCUGGCCGCAGUAAAAAUUCUGGAUCCUAUCAGUGAUGUGGAUGAGGAAAUUGAAGCAGAAUAUAAUAUUUUACAGUUUCUUCCCAAUCAUCCCAAUGUUGUUAAGUUUUAUGGAAUGUUUUACAAAGCGGAUCAAUACGUGGGAGGACAGCUCUGGCUAGUUCUUGAGCUGUGUAAUGGAGGUUCUGUCACAGAUCUUGUCAAAGGCCUGCUGAAGUGUGGCCAACGGUUGGAUGAAGCUAUAAUCUCAUACAUCUUAUAUGGUGCUCUCUUGGGCCUUCAACAUUUACACAAUAACCGAAUCAUCCAUCGUGACGUCAAAGGGAACAACAUUCUUCUGACAACAGAAGGAGGAGUCAAGCUUGUUGACUUUGGUGUUUCAGCCCAGCUCACCAGCACCCGGCUACGCAGAAACACUUCGGUGGGAACGCCCUUUUGGAUGGCACCCGAGGUCAUUGCUUGUGAACAACAGUAUGACUACUCUUAUGAUGCUCGGUGUGACGUAUGGUCCCUUGGGAUCACAGCUAUUGAAUUGGGUGAUGGAGACCCACCUUUAUUUGACAUGCAUCCUGUGAAAACGCUUUUUAAGAUUCCAAGAAAUCCUCCUCCUACUUUGCUACAUCCAGAAAAAUGGUGCAGAGGAUUCAACCACUUCAUUUCACAGUGUCUUAUUAAGGAUUUUGAAAAGCGUCCUUCAGUCACCCACCUUUUAGAGCAUCCAUUUAUUAGACAAGCCCAUGGUAAGGAUAUGUCUCUGCAAAAACAGUUGGCUGAUCUCAUCCAAGCACAAGAACAGUUAGGCUUUGUAGCCAAAAUAAGGUAUGAGCGAAUACACACUAGAAGACCUUAUCGCGUGGAUGCGGCUGACAAAUACUCUCUAGAUGAUGAUCUAGUAAACCUAGAGGUUCUAGAUGAGGAUACAAUUAUCCAUCAACUUCAGAAGCGUUAUGCUGAUCUACAAAUUUAUACUUAUGUUGGAGACAUUUUAAUAGCCUUAAACCCCUUCCAGAAUCUCAGCAUAUAUUCUCCACAGUUUUCCAAGCUUUACCAUGGUGUGAAGCGGUCAUCAAAUCCCCCCCACAUAUUUGCCUCUGCCGAUGCUGCUUACCAGGGCAUGGUAACUUUCAGCAAGGAUCAGUGCAUUAUCAUCAGUGGAGAAAGUGGUGCUGGAAAGACUGAAAGCGCCCAUCUGAUUGUCCAGCAUUUGACCUUCCUGGGAAAGGCCAAUAACCGCGCUUUGCGUGAGAAGAUUCUUCAAGUGAACCCUCUGGUUGAAGCAUUUGGGAAUGCCUGCACUGCUAUCAAUGACAACUCAAGUCGUUUUGGAAAAUACUUGGAAAUGAUGUUUACACCAACAGGAGCUGUAAUGGGGGCAAAAAUUUCUGAAUAUCUACUUGAAAAAUCCAGAGUCAUAAAGCAGGCUGUAGGAGAAAAAAACUUCCAUAUAUUUUACUAUAUUUAUGCUGGUCUUUUUCAUCAGAAGAAACUUUCUGAGUAUAGACUUCCUGAAAAAAAGCCUCCUAGGUAUAUAGAUAAUGAAACUGGAAGAGUAAUGCAAGAUAUUAUUACUAAAGACUCAUAUGGAAGACAAUUUGAAGCAAUUCAACAUUGCUUUAGGAUCAUAGGAUUCACUGAUGAGGAAGUGCAUUCAGUUUACAAAAUUCUGGCUGGAAUCUUGAAUACAGGAAACAUUGAGUUUGCUGCCAUUUCCUCACAACACCAAACUGAUAAAAGUGAAGUUCCCAAUGCAGAGGCCUUAGAUAAUGCUGCUGCCCUGCUCAGUAUUGGAUCAGAAGAGCUCCAGGAAGCUCUAACCUCUCACUGUGUUGUAACACGAGGAGAGACUAUUAUCCGAACAAACACUGUGGACAAAGCCGCUGAUGUGCGAGAUGCCAUGUCUAAAGCACUUUAUGGUCGACUCUUCAGCUGGAUUGUAAAUCGUAUUAAUACACUGCUGCAGCCAGAUAAAAAUAUAUGCAAUGCUGAAAGCCGGAUGAAUGUUGGGAUACUGGAUAUCUUUGGAUUUGAGAACUUCACAAGAAAUUCCUUUGAACAGCUAUGCAUAAACAUUGCUAAUGAACAAAUCCAGUUUUAUUUCAAUCAGCACAUCUUUGCACUUGAACAGAUGGAAUAUCAGAAUGAGGGCAUUGAUGCUACUACAGUGGAGUAUGAGGACAAUCGUCCACUUCUAGAUAUGUUCCUUCAGAAACCAAUGGGAGUACUUUCUCUACUUGACGAAGAAAGUCGAUUUCCCCAGGCGACAGACCUGACUUUAGUUGAUAAGUUUGAAGAUAAUUUAAGAUGCAAAUACUUUUGGAGGCCCAAACGAGUGGAGCUGUGUUUUGGCAUUCAGCACUAUGCUGGAAAGGUAUUAUAUGAUGCCUACGGUUUCCUUGAGAAGAACAGAGACACUCUUCCUGCUGAUAUAGUGGUGGUGCUGAGAACUUCAGAGAACAAACUUCUUCAGCAGCUGUUCUCUAGUCCAUUAACCAAAACAGGUAACUUGGCACAGGCAAGAGCCAGAGUGACAGCAGCAUCUAGGUCUUUGCCUCCACAGCUUAGUGCUGGGCGCAUCAAGAUUGACACAAUGGAGAUGAUGCGACAUCCAGAGGAAACAACCAACAUGAAGAGGCAAACCGUGGCUUCUUAUUUUAGGUAUUCUCUGAUGGAUCUUUUAUCCAAAAUGGUGGUUGGACAACCUCACUUUGUCCGCUGUAUUAAACCAAAUGAUGACCGAGAGGCAUUGAAAUUUUCCCAAGAAAGAGUUCUAGUACAGCUACGGUACACAGGAAUUCUAGAAACUAUCAAGAUACGUCAACAAGGUUAUUCUCACCGCAUCCUCUUUGAAGAGUUUGUGAAAAGGUAUUAUUACCUGGCUUUCAAGGCACAUCAGGCCCCUCUUGGUAGCAGAGAAAGCUGUAUUGCUAUUUUGGAGAAAUCGAAACUAGACAAUUGGGUUCUUGGGAAAACAAAGGUGUUUCUAAAGUAUUACCAUAUAGAACAGUUAAAUUUGUUCCUGCGAGAAGUUAUAGGCAGGGUGGUGGUAAUGCAGGCCUAUACCAAGGGGUGGCUUGGAGCUAGGAGAUAUAAGAGAAUCAAAGAGAGAAGAGAAAAUAGUGCUGUCGCCAUUCAGUCAGCCUGGAGAGGAUAUGAAGCUCGCAGGAAGUACAAGGAAAUAAGGAACAGAAGAACUGAUGCUGCUAUACAUAUUCAAGCAGGUAAUUCUUUCAGGGGAUACAUUGUUCGAAAAAAUUAUUCAAGAUUGAAAUGUAGCGAUGGUUACCCAGCUGAUACUGAGUCUGUGAACAACUGCUCCGCCCCCAGUUUUGGCUGUGAAGAACAUUGGCAGCAAACCAACAACCAGACUUCUCCUGCAGAGCCUGAUUUUCUUGACAAACAAAUGAAAAAGGAUUCAGAUGAGAUUCCCACAUCUCAGUUUCUUCUAAAGCAUUCACUGCAAAUGAAUGAUUCACAGCCUAUAAGCCAAUCCCUUGCACUUGCAAAUCAUCGAUUAUCAAGUUCCCUGGGAUCCCCUAAAAAACAAGGAUGUUUAAGUCAGAUUAACAGCUACACGGUACCUAGGCCUGCACAGAGACAUGGGGGUGGAGGGCAGGAUACGAAAAGAGCCUUUGUGUCUCUGUACAGGGGAUCACAGGCACAAUCCCAGUCUGUGUUCCUGAUCUGCAAGAACCAGGGGUGUCUAGCACAGGUUGCAGGAGCAGACACUCCUAAGGAAGCAGGGAGGAAGGAUGAAUACAGGGCUAUGGCCUCGCCAAUUGAACUGGGCUGGUGCAGCACAAACGUCUAUGGUACCCUUGAGGGCCUCCUGCUCUGGGGCUCUCCACAAGAGCCAGGUUCAGAAAACUGUCUUGAACAGAAGCUGAGAACACCUCGUCGACGAUGUCAGCAGCCCAAAAUGCUGAAUAGCCCUGAGGACAACAUGUACUAUAACCAGUUAAAUGGAACUCUAGAAUAUCAAGGGAGCAAGAGGAAGCCAAGAAAACUUGGCCAAAUCAAAGUGCUUGACGGGGAGGAUGAAUAUUACAAAUCAUUGUCAGCUGUCGAAUCUAUCAUUGAAGAUGACAACUCACUCAACUCCCCAUCUCCUCUUUCCUCAAGAGAAGUGUCUUUUGCUCAGAGCUGA